GCUGUUCGCUGAGGGACACGGGCAGCUAUGGUCUCAGACGAAGAUGAAUUGAAUCUUCUGGUUAUCAUAGUUGAUACCAACCCAAUUUGGUGGGGAAAGCAAGCAUUAAAGGAAUCUCAGUUUACUUUAUCAAAAUGCAUAGAUGCAGUGAUGGUGCUGGGAAAUUCUCAUUUAUUCAUGAAUCGUUCCAACAAACUUGCUGUGAUAGCAAGUCACAUUCAAGAAAGUCGAUUCUUAUAUCCUGGAAAGAAUGGCAGACUCGGAGACUUCUUUGGAGACCCUGGCAACCCUUCUUCUGAAUUUACUCCCUCAGGGAGUAAAGAUGGAAAAUAUGAGUUGUUAACAGCAGCAAAUGAAGUUAUUGUUGAAGAGAUCAAAGAUCUAAUGACCAAGAGUGACAUAGAGGGACAACAUACAGAAACUCUGCUGGCAGGAUCCCUUGCCAAAGCUCUUUGCUACAUUCAUAGAAUGAACAAGGAUGUUAAAGAUAAUCAGGAAAUGAAAUCAAGGAUAUUGGUUAUUAAGGCUGCAGAAGACAGCACGUUACAGUAUAUGAACUUCAUGAAUGUCAUCUUUGCAGCACAGAAGCAGAAUAUUUUGAUUGAUGCCUGUGUGUUAGACUCCGAUUCAGGACUCCUCCAACAGGCUUGUGACAUCACAGGGGGACUGUACUUGAAGGUGCCUCAGAUGCCCUCCCUUCUGCAGUAUUUACUGUGGGUUUUUCUUCCUGAUCAAGAUCAGAGGUCUCAGUUAACCCUUCCACCUCCAGUUCAUGUCGACUACCGGGCUGCUUGCUUCUGCCAUCGAAAUCUCAUUGAAAUCGGCUACGUGUGUUCUGUGUGCUUGUCAAUAUUCUGCAACUUCAGCCCUAUCUGCACUACAUGCGAGACAGCCUUUAAGAUUUCUCUCCCUCCUGUACUGAAGGCCAAGAAAAAGAAACUGAAAAUGUCCGCAUGACAGUAAAAAUUGUUUCCCUAUUACUUAAGAGCUAUUAAUAGAAAUUAUAUGGCAGAAUCUUUGUUAGGAAGGCUCUGAAAAAAAGAGAGAUAUGUGUAAGAUAAAUUUUAGUGAAACUUUCUUACAGGAAAUAGACUAAAACAUCAUCCUCAUCCUAUGCUUCUUGGGGGCUGAUUUAUUUGAGGGAGUCAUUCUAUGCAAUAUACCCUAAAAUUUUUUCUGACUGGUUUUUGUCCAGAAAUGGAGGAAGAAAGCACAAAUUUGUGAUUUUUUUUUUUUUAAAUGAGGUGAUCGUUUGUCAAAGCCAUUCUGUACGGACUGAUUAUAAGCCUCAGAACCUACCAAGUCUAGGUUCUUACUGUGAAAUGUAUGAUGUGAGAUUUGAACACAGUUUUGGAAAAAGUGACUAUGGAGUAAUGGCAUUAAUCAAGAUAGAACAUGUUACUUGAGUCAACACUUCGACAGUAGUCACAUAAAUAAAAUCCUUGUUUUCU